AUGCCAUCUAAACAACACGACCGCCAAUACGACAUUGUCGUUUUUGGUGCUACCGGUUACACCGGAACGUACACUGCCCAGUACAUCACCACGCAUCUGCCGACCGACCUGAAGUGGGCGGUAGCAGGCCGCUCCCAAUCCAAGCUCGAGGAUGUGGUUGCCGAGUGCAAUAAGCUCAACGCCGACCGGGUGCAGCCGGGCAUCGAGAUCUGCAACCUGACGGACUCCGACCUGGCGGCCCUCGCAAAGAAGACCUUCAUUCUCAUCACAACCGUCGGCCCCUACGGCAAGCUGGGCGAGCACGCCUUCAAAGCCUGCGCCGAAAAUGGCACGCACUACCUCGACGUGACGGGCGAGGUCCCCUUCGUCGCCAAGAUGCUCAAAAAGUACGAGUCCACCGCCAAAGAAAGCGGCGCCCUCAUGUUCCCACAGAUCGGCAUCGAGUCGGCACCCCCCGACCUCGUCACCUGGUCGCUCGCCUCCUUCAUCCGCUCCGAAUUCUCCUCUCCGAUACGGGACGUGACUGUGUCCAUCCACAACCUCAAAUCCGCCCCAUCAGGCGGCACCAUCACCACCGCCCUCACCAUCUUCGAAUACUUUACCCUCUCCGAACUCCGCGCCGCAUUCAAACCCUACGCCCUCUCCCCCCUCCCCCGCAACACAGGUAACAACAACAGCAGCAACACCCCCCGCCCCAAACGCAGCCUCCUCACCACCCUCACGGGGCUAAUCCACAUCCCCACGCUCGGCCUCCUCACCACCUCCCCCGCCGCCAGCACGGACGCGGCGCUCGUCCAACGCACCUGGGGCCUGCUGGGCACGGUCCCCUCGCGCAAGGCCCAAUGGUACGGCGCCAACUUCUCGUUCCGCGAGUACCUGCGGCCGCGCGGCUGGGUGCGGGGCAUCGCGAUCCACUACGCCCUGCUGGCGCUGGGCCUGGUGAUGGUGACGCCGUGGCUGCGGCGGGCGGCGGCGCGCUGGCUGUACCAGCCCGGGGAGGGGCCGGCGGCGGAGGUGGCGCGGGGGGAUGAGAUUGAGUAUUGGGGGGUGGGGGUGAGGGAUGGCGGGGUGGGGGAGAGGGCGGUUUGUAGGGCGGGGUUUAGGGGGAGUGCGUAUUAUUUGACGGGGAUUUUACUGGCUGAGGCUGCGUCGACUCUGCUCGAGGACGACGUCGACCUUCCUGGUGGCGUGUAUACCGCUGCGUGUCUGGGCCAACCGUAUAUUGACCGGCUGGACCGUGGCGGGUUCCAUAUUGAAACGAAGCUUUUGGAGGAUUGA